UCACUGCGCAUGCGCAGCUCAGGGAGCGCGCAGCGUGGCGAUCGCCGGUGCGCUCUGUCCCUCAGACACAGCGGAUCAUGGAAAGAGCAGAAGAUGUCGGCUCGGUCAUGUGAUCAGCUGUGUCCAAUCACAGCUGAUCACAUCUGUCCCGCUGACAGGAGAGGAGAGCCGGUAAUCGGCUUUCCGUGGAGGGGACAUGUACACUGAUCAUCAGGGCACUGAUCAGUGUGCCCUGAUGAUCAGUGUAGCCCCAGAAGUGCCACCUGUCAGUGCUCAUCAGUUCCACGUGCCAGUGCCCAUCAGUGCCACAUCAAUGCCACAUAUCAGUGCCCAUCUGAGCUGCCUUUCAAUGUCACCCAUCAGUGCCAGUCAGUGCCACCUAUCUGUACUGCCAAUCAGUGCCACCUAUCAGUGCCAGUCAGUGCUACCUAACAGUGCCAGACAGUGCUGCCUAUAAGUGCCACCUAUCAGUGCCAUAUAUCAGUGUCAUAUAUCAGUGCCGCCUUUCAG